GGGGGAUAAUCCGCUGCACCUGUUCCCUCUGUGUGCACGCGCAGCCUUCUUUGUCGGCCUUGUUCGGCUCCACUCGGCUCCUUCUCGGCUCCGCUCGGCUGUUCCGGGUGUGAGUGGAGCUUCCCACCAUAGGCCGACGCGAGUAAACGUCUGCUGUCUCCUCCCAUCGGCCGUCACACUUCUUUAUAAGUCCACCUCCAUUCCUCACAAGUCCACAGUGCUCCUCAGUGGCCGCGCGUGCGUGUCGGCGCCACAUCAACGCACGAAGAAAAACUUUGCAAAGGAAACAAGCACCUGGAAUUAAUGACGUCACAGAAGAUCAUCUCCUAAAAGGACCGAAGAUGUAAAUCGGACUCUGUUUUUAUCAUCUGGGCUGACGGCAACAACUCCGGGACCCUUCGGACUCUCCCGAAGUUCUAAAGUCCACGUCACGUUUCAAUCCAAACCUCGAACAACCCGCGGCACUGUGGACCUGGACUUUUGGCGCACCUUUACGCACGGCCCCGCUGCGCUUGAAUCUGGUUCUUGCGGACUCCGGAGGCUGCGAUGACACCAAAGGAGAAGCAGGCCAGCGGGCUGCCGAGGUGAAGCGAGGGCAAGACAGGUCGGCGUCUCCAAAUCCUUCAGGUUCGGGUUUCAGCGUCAGUGUGGGGGGGAGGGGGGUCCUGGUAUUAAAGAGUCCAUCUGACCUGAGAGAAGUUGUCAACAAGAAGACGCAGCAGACGCAAACUGGCAGGUGGACAAGUUCACGUACAUGCACGCGUAUAUUCACGCCUAAAUAUAGAAGCUGGCCGAGGGACCGGCACCCUUCACCGGGUUCUCCAUCCAGCAUCUCCGCCAGGUUCUCCGUCCGGCGUCCUCCCGGCGCGGCAGCCUUCAGGGGCCGCCUCCUUCCCCGGCGCCGCCCGGCUCGGCUGUGAGGGCGGGAGUCCUCGCAUGGACUGACAUGGCCGCCGACCUCGCCAUGAGCGCGGAGCUGCCCAGCAGCCCCCUGGCCAUCGAGUACGUCAACGACUUCGACCUGAUGAAGUUCGAGGUGAAGAAAGAGCCUCCGGAGGCCGACCGCUACUGCCACCGCCUCCCGUCGGGCUCGCUGUCCUCCACGCCCAUCAGCACGCCCUGCUCCUCGGUGCCGUCUUCGCCCAGCUUCUGCGCCGCGAGCCCCGGAGCGCAGCCGGGCCAGAAUCUCUCCGCUGGCGUCAACGGCGUCAACGGCGGCAACGGCAGCGGCGGCGGCAACAACCACAGCGGCGGAGGGAAGCCUCCCCUGGAAGACCUGUACUGGAUCCCCAGCUACCAGCACCACAUCAACCCGGAGGCGCUCAACUUGACUCCGGAGGACGCGGUGGAGGCCCUCAUCGGCAACGCGCAGCAUCACCAUCUCCACCAGCAGGCCUACGACGGCUUCCGCGGGCAGCAGUACGCCGGGGAAGACCUGAGCGCGGCCUCGGCGGCUCACCACCACCACCACCAGGCCCACCAUCACCACCACCAUCACCACCACCACGCCCGCCUGGAGGACCGCUUCUCGGACGAGCAGCUCGUCAGCAUGACGGUGCGGGAGCUCAACCGGCAGCUGCGCGGCUUCAGCAAGGAGGAGGUGAUCCGCCUGAAGCAGAAGAGACGCACGCUGAAGAACCGGGGCUACGCGCAGUCCUGCCGCUUCAAGCGCGUCCAGCAGCGGCACAUGCUGGAGACGGAGAAGUCCACCCUCCAGAACCAAGUGGAGCAGCUGAAGCAGGACGUGGCGCGCCUCGCCAAGGAGAGAGAUCUUUACAAGGAGAAGUACGAGAAGCUGGCCAGUAGGACCUUCACCGCAGCUGGACCCGCCAGCAAGCAGGCCGACUUCUUCAUGUGAGACUUUUACGCAGAAGGCAGCCAUCUUUUUUUUGCAUUCGCUUCAUCUUUCUCACUUUGUUUACAAAACAUUAUAUGCAUUAUAUGCACUUUUUAGUCUUAAAACUUCUUGUCUGAGUUGGCGGUGGUCUUGAACAUUUACACUGAGACACCUGCCUGGGUGCUCUGGGUUUGAUUUCUUAGUAAAAAAAAAAAAAAAAAAAAAAAAAAGUGACUUCCAGGCGCUCCUUGCGCACUGCUGUGCCCGGCCUCGGAGCCUCUUUCUCGGCCUGCUUUCCUGCCAUCUCCCGCUGACACCUCCAUAAUUUUUUUUAAAUUAUUCAAAGACUUAAUUUUUUUUUAAUUUAUGCAAUGACUUCCAAUCACAAGCAAAAGAAGCAAUACGACCAAUAAAACAUAAAAAAGACUUGGGAAAAAAAGCAGGUCUGUUUGCAAACCUGCAUGCAGGACAUGUAUGGACACUUCCUGUAUAUGGACAGCAUGGUUCGGUUCUCUUUGCCCCAACCCGUUUAAAAAACAGGACUUGAAAUGCAUACACAAUCUGUGAAAAAUGGAUGCGUCAAUCAUUUUUUUUAAAGGACUGAAUUAAAACAUCCGAUUGUACAUAUAUACGGACCGAUUUCUUUCUCAAGCUUUCGUUGCUUGCGUGAUUCAAGCCAGUCUUAACGAACAAAUGCUAUGUUACGGCAUGCAAAUAGUCUGUAAUAUAUUCUCAUUUUAGCAACAUGUGUAACGUCUAUACUGCACUAACAAGACAUUUUGUUUUUCUAUAUACGUCCUCUUUUGGGGAAAAAAUGCAAUUUUCUUGAUGUGACGUCCUCUGCAUUCGCUGCUAAAACUCUAUGCACCCACCGAUUAUUAAAAAUAACUUUCAUUUAUUUGACAUUUUAUGCAGCCUGGUUGUCUUAAUACGUAUUUUUUUCCUUUUCGUGUGUAAUAAUCUGCUUGACGGGACUUUGUUGACAACAAUAAUAAUAAUAAUAAUAAUAAUUCCCCUGCAAAUAUUUGUUUAAUUGUGCACAAGUGUGCUGACGGAAAAUUUCCAUGACAAAAUGCGGACAUAAAAAUAAGCCAAUAAAGGUGAUGUGAACAUAUUGAAAUUUUUUUUUCCACACGUGUUUAUAUUUUGUCUUAUUGAACGGAUCUGACCAAUAAAUGAUAUCGAUUAACAGUCUUAAAGCGGAAAGAAAAACGAAAGCAAACUUGUGCACAUUGCUGUUCAUGUCCAGCUGUACAUAUCAGCUCAUUUCUAUAUUUAUUCAAUAAAGGUGUC